AUGUCUUUACCUUUGGAACCAAUUGUUUUCGAAGAUGCAACAUCAUCCAGAGCACUUGAAGUUAUGCACUUGGAACAAACAUCUCCAACCUCUCCAGUGCUUAUAUUUCAAUCUUCAAAAAGCAAUGCAAUGGGUAACAUUUUAUGUUGGAUAGAGGACAGCCAUAAACUUCUUCCAGAGUCAUCAACUCUGGUUAAAUCAGAUUUCAUCAAAUUUUUCUGGAUUGAUCUUAUAAUGGACAAAAGAAUAGACAAUAGGAUUAACAAACCGAUGGAACAAUAUAAAGGUUUUGAUAUCUUUCUAAAUUGUAAUGGUUUUGUUCUGAAUUGCAACGUAGACAAGAGAUUGCAUACUUCAAUAAUGACAUGUACAGCCAUACCUUUAGAAACGUUUAUCAAUAGGAAGAGGAAGAUGUCAGAUUUUGAGACACUAAUGCUAACCUUACAUCACGUUAGGCGACAAACACUUUCUACUCAAUUUUGGACUGAUAUUUUUCUUCCUGUGGUUGAGAAUAGAUCCUCAAUUUUAUGUCAAUUUUUAUUGACUGCAAUAUCUGAGGUGGAAACACGCGUAUGGCAAGAGUGUCACCUUUAUUUGAUGGAUGGGUUGUCACGUGCAAUGACUAACCAAGACAAAGAUACUGCCAAAUCGAUAGCUUGGUUCAUCACAAGGAAGUUUUUUCUAAGUCUCCGUAGUAAUUUUCUAGAAAAUGUUAUUGACAUCUGGCCUGCUUUUCAGUGCAAAUGUCUAGAUAAAAAACAAGUACUGUUUUGUUGUCAAACAGUUGCAAUCAUUGUAGAAGUGGAUAAGUUAUGCCCUGAAUUACCAAACGGCUUUUCGGAAAUUGAAGUUAAGUAUAUUUUAAAAGAUAAUAUCAAUAAUGGUGAAUGCUCUAAAGUACAUGAACAUCUACAAAAUCUCAGCAGCAAAAUUACCUGUAAUUUUCCAAAUAAGAUAUCAAUAUCAGGUAUGGACUCCAAACACCUUUUUGAUGAGCAUACAAAUCUAUCAUUAAUUUGCAAGUCGCCAUUUAAAUCUACCGGAUUUCGAACGAAUAACCACAUGAUAAUCAAACAACCAUGUAUACAACUGUACUGUAAGAAAAAAGGAUUUAUACCAAUUGGUGAAAAUCAUUUCCCAAGAACUGUAUUUGGAAUGCAGACAGAUAUAUUGGAUGGUAGUCCACGUUUCGUGUCACAUUUGAAGGUGGGGGAUCAGAUUGGAACAGAUGGCUAUAAGAGGGGAACCCUAGGCGGGUUUGUUAAAGUUCGAGGAGAUACAGCUUUUCUUACUUGCCUUCAUGUGUUUUUAAAUGCAGAUGAACUUGCUUCGGACAACCUAUCACUUGAUGACGAACAGACAGUAUGGGUGAAAUGUUAUAGAGAAAAUUCAUCCAUACUUUGUGGUAAAAUAAGAGAGAUGGCAUUUGAAGUUGACAAUGAAAAGGAAAUAAGCAUUGAUGCGGCACUUAUUGAGUUAAAAGAAGGAAUAACUAUUGAAGCAUCGGACUAUGUUUCAUCAACUGACGUAAAUUUUCCCUUCAGUAGCAUAGGUAUGUUUGUUCAUUAUUUAAUAUAG